AUGGAUGAUAGUCAAUACCUAACAACACACGAAGCAGCCCUAGCUGUCGUGGCUACAGCCAUGAAGAAAGCUCGUUUGAGAAUAGACACACUAAUAAUCAAUGCAAUCAUGGGGGGAAUACUAUUCACUACCGGGGGUAUGCUUCAUGUAACAACACAAGCGUACUUACCCAACAUAUAUCAGGAAAACCCCGGUCUUAUCUCCAUACUUGCGGGAUUGUCUUACCCCAUCGGGCUAUUCUAUGUUGUUAUCAUGGGGGUUGAUUUAUUCAAUUCAAAUAUAUUGUUUUUCAGCACUGCCAUAUGUCGAGGGGCAGUUUCGGUGUUUGACUUGUUGAUUAGUUGGAUAGUGAGUUAUUUUUGCAACUUGAUUGGGAACAUAUUUGUCUGUUAUGUCAUUUGUCAUUAUUCCGCAAUAGCCCAAACCGACAUGUGGGUACAGGCAAGUCAUGAAAUUGCAAUCAACAAAGAUUCAUUCUCGUUUAUUGAAAAUUUCCUAAAGGGAGUAGCCGGAAACUUUUACGUCUGUUUAGCAAUCUACCUUCAGCUCAUGGCUAAACCACUACAUGUCAAGUUCUUAAUGAUGGCGCUUCCCGUGUUCACAUUUGUCACGAUAGGAUUCACACAUGCAAUCGCCGAUAUGACGGUGUUGAUCACAGCAUUGAUCAACCAUGCCCCUGUGUCUGUGGGUGAAGUCGCCUGGAAGAUCUUCUUACCAGGAGCAUUAGGGAACAUAGUUGGGGGGUCAUUCUUUGGGAUAGUCAUAACGUGGUACUUGCACAUUUACGUUGUUGAACAAGAUCAAGAGAGAUUGAAAUUACCAAAGUAUGAAGUCAGAGAUGAACAGCCAGAGUUGAACAUUGAUUCAAGAGUGGUUAGACAAAGAAGAACGUCGUCGUAUGUCGAAGAAGUGGAUGAUGUUAUGGCUGAAAAGCAAAAUCAAGAUUCUUAUGAACCUGUUCCUUACUUCUCCAAUCUGCUGGGGUCAGGACUAAGAUUGCGUGCUACUAACACCAGAGGAACUACCUUCUCUGUAGCAUCUAAAAAGCACAGAUCUCCAAAGAAUGUGUUUCCCGUUUAUGGUAUGGGGCCACCUUUAGCCAGAGAGAAAACAAUAGCUGGUGGAACACCAGGACUUCCCGAACCAGAAGAUACCGACAUUGAAGAUGAGGAUAGUGUUAACCAAUAUACGGCCGAUUAUAUCGGAGAUAAAUUGAAAAGAGUAAUAACUAACAAACCAAGACGAAAGCUGAAAGCUCAAGAUAUAGAAGCUGGCUAUAAAUCAUCACCUUCAAUAUUUAGAUUAGAAGGAAAAAAUUAA